CGUUCACAGACUAGGUCCGACCUCGAAGUCCGAAAUUGGCCGGCUUCAGUAGUUGCCAGCCAUCGUGACUGCACCUGUCGACUUCGCGAUUAAUGUCGGGCUACUACGUCGGCUGUAUCAGGACACUGAUACGGCGGUAUAUAGCGACCAUCGUCGCGUCCGGCUCUCGGCUACGGCAACGACUCUCGUUCUUCCCGCGUCGACUCUUCCGCGCACUCGCGUCCGGGCGACACUCCUUUGACGGCCCUAUGGCGACGUUCGAUAUUGUUGUGGUUGGUUGUGGCGGCGGACCUAACGAAUCUAAUUUAUCCUUUUAUUUGCUGAAAGCUGGCGACGCGAAGUGGCAGGACGGCAUUGUCGCAUUGGAAGGCGGCUCGGGAUUCGGCGCCCUAACAAGGUUGUUGGAUGCCCAUCCUGACCUGUUUGCAUCCGAAAGUUCGAACGAAUCCGCGUCUGACGUCUCGUUGACCACUGCCGUGGAUGUAUAUAAUCGCAUACGAUGCUAUCUCGUCACUCAUGCUCAUCUAGACCAUGUCAACGGUAUGGUGCUCUCUGCCGGAUGUGGAACGGGCCCAGCAAAGCUCGUGUACGGGACGAAAGAAACGCUACAAGGCAUAUCGACCAUCUUCUCCGGAGAAGUAUGGCCGAAACUGGCGAGUUGGGCUGACGCAAAGGAGCCGGGGAGCUGCCUGCUCUUGUCACCGUUACCGCUCGAGACAGUGUACGCUCCAGUGGCACGCGACAUCUCCGUCCGCUUGAUGCCCAUCAGCCACGGCCAGCGUUCCCCUGGCCACACAUACCCCUGCUCCGCGUACUUCGUCCGACACGACCCGAGCUCGCGGGAGUUCCUCUUCUUCGGGGACGUCGAGCCGGACUCCGUCUCCCUCGAGCCGCAGAACCGAGAAAUAUGGCGCGUGGCGGCGCCCAAGGUGCCCGACAUGCUGUCGGCCAUCUUCAUCGAGUGCUCGUACCCCUCUGGCCGCCCGGACGAGCUGCUCUACGGACACCUAAGUCCGGAGCACUUGAUGCAGGAGCUGUGCGCGUUGGCGGUGGAGGUUGUCAGCUUCCGGCAGCGUUCGCGCCUCCAGGAGAACUCGAACAGGGCGCGCAAGAAGAAGCGGCGGAACACGGAGUCGCUGCCUGACCUGCGGGGUUCGUUGGCGGGCCUCCGCGUGUAUGUCAUUCACUGCAAAGAGGAUCUGCAGCGCAAGUUCAAGGAACCAAUACACACGGUGAUCGCGAAUCAAGUGCGGGAGCUGGUGGAUGCCAAGGGCCUCGGCGUAGAGAUCAUCGCCGCUGAACAACGAAUGCACAUCAGAAUAUGAACGGGACACGAACGCUCUGCUCAGAAACUGACAGACAAUUUAUCACGCAAUGUAUCAUAGCCUCCCGACCUGACCAGACUCUCACUGUAGCCUUAGCCACUGUAUCAAUAGUCUUUCUCUCUCUCAUCCAUAUCACCUCAGUAGAAC